AUGGCGCUGAAGGAGGCGGCGGAACGUCGGCGGGAGGAGGACGCAGCCGCGGACCCUCUUCGCCGUCGUCGCGAGUCUGCGACAACACUGGAUAAAAUGGAAAUGGCAAGCUUCAAUAAUUCAUUACCCCAGGAGGGUACCGCUGGUAACACCAGCGGAGAAUCCCUCCCAGAGGUCACUCUGACCUCUGGCCGGCCCUCGUAUUCUGGGGGGGCCAAAGACUGCCAACCAACGACCUCGGCGAAAAUAACGGACAACGAUGCAAAUGAUAUGGAUUCGACGACUGGAAGAGUAGGGGAUGACAGGGAGAACGACUUGGAGCUAGUCUCAAUGUCGGAAUCCUCUGACUCGGACAGCACACUGGAGGGCUUCCCUACUGGAAGGAAGACAAGCACGAGCACGGCGCGGAAGAAGAACAGCGGUUCCGCGACCCGUAAAAUCUCCCUCAAAUUCCCAACUGGGAUACAGAGCAAGGGGAAGAAGAGGGCCUUAAAAGAAGUGGAAGCAGCGGGCCCGGUCACAAAAGUGUCCACCGCAGCGAGAGGCCGUACCAGACGACCAGGGGCGCACAACGCCUACCUGCAGGAGCCGGCGGCUGCGACAAUUGAGGCCCUUGCCGCGAGAGCCCUCCUGAAUGUGGCCACCAUUCAGGGGGAGGUCAAAAAGAGCGGCAAUAUAAAGGGCACAGUGCUGGGGCACAUAAACCGGGCCACAAAGGAGGUGAUCGAGGCGGUGGAGGAGCUCCGAUCGAUCACCCCCCAAGAGGAGCAGCGACGGCUCCGCGCGGAAAAUGCCAGAUUGGCAAAGGAAGUCGAGAUCAUCCGCGCGGAGCUGAAGGCAUUUAAAGAGGCAUACUCGGAGUCGCAGAACUCGGGCGCGCUUGACGAGAUGAGGCGCGAACUUCUAGAAUCCGUAGGCGGGAUGGUGAACGCCCGCCUCGGAGACCUGGAAUCGCGCCUCCCCCCUGAGCCGGUGGUCAGACCACCCCUCCAGGCGGAUAGGCUCCAUCCGCCACCGCCGCGCCCUGUGGCCCGGCCAAACCUAGUGGCUGGUGCCGCUAGAACCGCAGAGGCACAACCGGCCCCGGCCCCAGCGGCCAAAGCCGGACCGGCCCCAAGGCCGAAAAGGAAAGCUAAAAAGACCGGACCGGCCGCCCCUCCCCUUCCUCCACCUGCUGGCGGAGAGGGGAGCGCAGGGAAGGCCGCAAAGGCCAGAGCCGGAACCGCCAAUCCCGCCCCCCAAACACCCGGGGGCGACGAGACACCGUGGACCCAAGUGGUCGGCCAGAAGGCCCGGAAGAAGAAGAAGAAGGCUCCGGCCGGGGCCCCGCCCGCUGCACCAGUUCACCCUGGUAGGGUGCAGCGGGUUCCCCCCCCUCCCAAGGCUGUAAAGAUCGUGGCCCCCAAAACGGCGGCCAUAACCGUCACCCUCAAACCGGGGGCCACGAUCACAAACGAAGCAGGACAGGUCUCUGAGGCCAAAUACGUCGACGUCUUGGCCAAGGCCAAGGCAGCAAUCUGCCUCAGGGACCUAGGCUUGGAGACGGUGAAAGUCAGAACUAGCAUGACCGGCUCCAAGCUAAUGGAGGUAGGGGGGACCACCCCGGAAGAGACGGCUGACCGCCUGGCUGCCGAAUUGGUCAGAGUCAUCGGCGACUGGGCGGACAUCGCGCGUCCGUCCAAACUUGCAGACCUUCGGGUCUCCGGUUUGGACGAGACGACGACGCGCGAAGAGGUGGCAGCCAAACUGGCGUCAACCGGGGGCUGCCACCCCGAUAUGGUCAAAGUGGGCCUAAUCAGGCCCAGCUUCUGGGGUGGGGGUUCCACUCUGGUGCGGUGUCCGGCAGCGGCGGCGAAAGCCCUCGCACAGAUAGGGAAGGUGGCCAUUGGAUGGUGCAUGGCCACCGUCACCGCGGUGAGGGCCCGGCCGCUAUGCUGCUUUAAAUGUAUGCAGCUGGGCCACACCCGGGCACUAUGCCCAUCGGAGGCAGAGGAUGGUCGCCUCUGCUUCCGAUGUGGCCAGGAGGGCCAUAAGAGGGCUGCGUGCGAGGCGCCUGUCAACUGCGCCGUGUGCAAUAGGACAGGCUGCCCGCACGCACAUAUAAUGGGGGGAGCAAAAUGCACCCCCCCCCACUGUGAGGGGGAAGGCCCGCACCAUCGGCCCUCCCCCUGCGCCACAAGCGCAACCGCCGCCCAGGCUGCAGCCGCAGCCUGA